AUGAAAAAGAACUAUGUGAAAGUACAGCACACGAUGGUUGACCAUUUUAUUAAGGAGUGCUUGGUGAUGGAGCGAAUGAACUGUUCUGAAUAUUCUACCAAAAUAUAUGCGUGGUAUAUGGUGAACUCCCGGUAUCCACGAGAGCUAAUAGAAAUAUCCAGAGACUGGGCAAGAAGAAACAAAAAUCAAGCAGAGAACAUUAUACCACAGGCGAAUAACUCAUCCGGAUUAUUUGGCGUGAUUGAAAUGGAGUAUGGUGGACGCGAGCUUGAAAAGCUUGACUGGUCUCUUAUGACACAUAGAGAUGUUAAUAUGAUUGAGGACGAGCUUAGAAAGUGCUUUUACGUAAUGAAUGAGCUGCAGGUAGAGCACAGGGAUCUGCACCAAAGCAAUGUUUUAGUUAAAAAGAAUAGUAAUGGUGAGUAUAGUGUAAAGACAAUUGACUAUUCGCUGGCACGCGCUGUAAUUCGGAAAGAAGACGGGGAUAGUGGGUCUAUUACUAUUCUACAGACAAAUUCUAAGGGGGUUAUAUAUAAAGCAGGCCCUAUUUUGUAUACGAAUAUAGACAAAGACUUAUCGUGGCUGUUUGAAGGGGAUGCUAGCACAGAUCCCCACCGGAGUAUAUACAAGAAAAUGAAUCGCACAUACACAGGGAGUAAUAGAUGGAGAAAUCCAGGGCCCAGUAACACAUUUUGGAUGAACUAUCUCAGAACAUGGAUGGAGAGUCAGAUAGGAAAUAGCACUCAGACAUAG